CAGGAGCCCCCUGCCCGCCGGUGAGGCUCGGCGCCGCUGCCUGGAUACGGCGGGAGGCGGCGUGCGGCGGCGCCACCGUGCGGGCGGGCCUGCCGCGACUGGCUCCUUCCCGCCGCCCGCCCGGCCACCUGCGCGCACAGCCCAGCCCCGGCCCCGCUCACACCCCGCCCGCCGUCACGUCCCCACCGCUGCCGGGGUAAGAGUGCCGCACCUCGGCCGGCGCGGGAACACCGGCUCCGCUCUGACAGGGCUCCGGCAGCUGAAAGAGGAGGGGACGGCGGCAGGGCUCGGCGGCAGUGGCAAGGAUCCGCCGCGGCAGCGCAGCAGCCCCCUCCCGAGGGCCGAAGCCCCCGCGCCCGGGGCUGCCAGCGCUGUCCCGCCGCCUCCCCUGUCAGUGCCCACGGCCGUUACCACUGCGCUGCCGGCGGGGUGGGCAAUGGGUUCGCAGCGCAGGCUCCUCCCCCCGCCCAGCCGCGGAUUGGUAGGCUCCGCUCGGCAGCGCCCUCCGCCUCCUCCUGUCUCCGCGCGGCUUCCGUCCUUCCUGCCCGGAGCCGCGCCGGUGCUGCCAUCAUGGCCAAGAUCAAGGCCCGAGACCUGCGCGGGAAGAAGAAGGAGGAGCUGCUGAAGCAGUUGGACGAUCUGAAGGUGGAGCUGUCGCAGCUUCGUGUGGCCAAAGUGACCGGCGGGGCCGCCUCCAAGCUCUCCAAGAUACGUGUGGUGCGCAAAUCCAUUGCCAGAGUCUUGACUGUUAUCAACCAGACCCAGAAGGAGAACUUGAGGAAGUUUUACAAGGGCAAAAAGUAUAAACCUCUUGAUCUGCGGCCGAAGAAGACUCGUGCCAUGCGACGCAGGUUAAACAAGCACGAAGAAAACCUGAAGACCAAAAAACAGCAGCGAAAGGAACGUCUGUACCCGGCGCGGAAAUAUGCCAUCAAGGCAUAAACCUGCAGGGUGCUGAGAGUUCUUAAUGAUACUGGCUGAGUAUGGCUCAUUAAAUAGAGUUUUGGUUGGAA